UGUCCAGUGGUUUUCUUUCGCAACCAACAGGCAACAGCAGAUCCUCAUUCGCAAAUCCUGCAAGUCGCAUUCCAAGGUCUCGAAAUCUGGGGCUCAACCCUUUCUUACGCUCGCUUCAAUUCGUUCACGUGUCUAGAAACCGGACCAACUUUGAUCCGGCAACACGUCAACAAACACUCGAAGGACAGUUGAUUGCUUGACGGUUGAUAAUAGCGCAAGGCUGCUAUCCCAACGUGCUAUCUGAACAGCCUGGCAAGUCAUCCAAGCAACAUCACCAGGUGAUUGAUUUCAACAAGAUGGCCUCAGCUGGUAGUCCAAUCAGUCCGACGAAGCCCAAGUCACAGGUCUAUGAUGGUGCUUGUCACUGUGGAAACAUUCAGUUCAGCGUCAAGAUCUCGCCUCCUGUCGAAGACGGCCCUGUGACGAGCUGCAACUGCUCUAUCUGCAACAUCAACGGCUACCUAAUGGUAUAUCCGCUCGAGACUAAUAUCACCUGGCAUAAAGGUCUAGACUCGAUGACUCAUUAUGCCUUUGGACCCAAGAGAGUGGUUCAUUCGUUCUGUCCAGUCUGUGGCACCAGUAUCGGCGGGAAAAGCAACGAUCCGAACUUUUUCGCUGAUAAUCGCGCUGUAAAUGUGAGUGUUUUCCCCCUGUCCCUCCUGUUUGGGUCUGCGGCGGCGGCGGCGGCGGAGAGAAGUGACAGUACUUGAGUACUGUCGCACUGUACUGACGAAUAACCCACCCUUUAGGUCCGUAUACUCAAGGGCGUCGAUGUUGAUAGUCUCAAAUUGAGAAAAGUCAAUGGUCGCGGGUCGACUGCCUCCGAGCCCCCUUCGAAUACUGCUGGGUAGGAGAUUGCAUUGCUAGAUAUCCGAGUGAUUGUAUUAUCCGACAUUAUGGUUUUGAUGGUGGUCGUUAUGUUACGAGCAAUCAACUUGGCUCUACUAGGAAGCAGUAUAGGCGUGGGGGAAAGGGCAGCGUUCACAUUGAACAGGUCGACAACAUGGGGCUUGGCUUCUUGUACAAGCAAAAGCGACCUUGCUGAAUUCAGAUUGGUAGGACGGUCAUCGAUAGUAUACAUACAGUCCAUCGCAGAUGACACCCAAUACUCUACUCACUUCAGC